CGACAACAAGCAGUACACUGAACACAGCAGUCAGGCGGAUUUUUCACAUUGGUCUUCCCUCAGAGAGCACCAAGCCGCAUUAGAAACAUCUAGGUAGACCUCGCCUCGUUUAAGUGUAUACGCUGUGUGUGCACCUAAGAUUGCGACAGGUUUCACUGAACCUUGAACAAACUUUGGCCGCUGCGACCACCUCAUGGCAUGAAGCCUACGUCCGCUGCGGACACGUUCUGGCAUGCUACAAGGGGGCCCGAGAGGUAAUGUCAAGUCAUCACUGCAGGUACGCCAGACUGAUCAGGUCUGGUAUCCCCACCAAUUGCAAGUGUCUUCGUUGGCAGGAGACUUGCAAUGGUGCUCCUGCCCCCUGCUUUAUACAAACUCAAGCAAAACGUAACAAUCCUAAUGGACCCCUGUGACUCCAAGGGUUACACACGCACACACAGACUUUCGCACGUUCCACUUAUUUGCCAGUCCCUCCUUCUGCUCUCCCCCCUUUUUCAACCAUACUUUACAACUUUACAUGUUCUGUUGCACGCUCGAUGAAGGCUUGACAUGUGGGGUUUUCCGGGUUUCUAUUUGGUGUUUUUGUUCGUCGUGGUCAUAUCAUGAAAUGUUCUUCCAUUUUGUUUGGCGCAAAAUCGCGUUUCCGGACGAGCAAUAUUGCCACUCCACAUCUAUACAGGCCAAUACUUUUUGUCGAGUUGCGGUUUUGGUGGUACUUUUAUGUUCUGUUUUUCUACAUUCAGUUUUGGAGUGUUGUUGAGCAAAGAGGUUGACUGGUGCGUAGCUAUGCGUUUUUGUGCAGUAUGUUGUUUUUCAUCCCGCUUUGCAACUUCUAUAUUCAUUGGGUUUGAUUUGGAAGGGUUUUUCAGGCCGAGGCAUUUUCUAUUACCCCCUUCCAUUUGCAACAGUUCAACUUGUGCACUUGUGAUCGGUGUGUUUCCAAGAGGAUGAACAUUGCUUGCAGCAUUGGCACAAGAGACAUCCCAUAGUCCUUCAGCAUUCUGUGGAGCACAGUUCGAAGCUGUGCGCACAGUUUGCUGAUCAACUGGUCCAGAAGGCUGCACUUUUCAGCGCAAUGAAUCCACAAGAUCAGGCCAACAACCCUUACUACCAACAAUGGGGAAUGUCCGGUGCGGCAAUGCAGAAUAUGCAAAACAUGCAGGAGGCCAUGCAAGGCCAAGGCAUGGGCUAUGGAAUGUCGCAGCCUAAAGAUGUGGAAGUUGAGGGUCAUGAGGGUCAUGAGGACGAGGAAGGCAGUCUCUGGUAGUCUCGGGCAGGUUUAAACCACGUCACGAAAAGUCUGAAGGUAGUGGUUCAUUGGUGUGUGCUCAUUUGUUGAGGCUGGAAUGGGGAGACUGAGAAUGCUCCUCUGAAACCCAUCUGUAAUGCUCCUUCUUACCAGGAAUCAACCGAUGUCUGCCGAAGCCGUUUCUUCAAGAACCGCCCCCGAUUUUGAUCCCUCUCCCCUUCGCAUCUCAAGACGCCAUGUCCACUGCUCCUUCCAAACGUGGUCUUCUGGUGGCGGGCCUCACCAGCGCCGUUGCCGCUCCUCUCUUUGUGACGCCCAGCGGCGCUGCAGGUGCCUCUGCACCCGUGCGCUCUCAUGCCGCCGGGGUGGCCUCCGAAUUCGCCUUCAACGGCGCCUCAGCGCCCGGAGUCUCUGCUGUGGCCAUGACCAUGCUGGGCGCGUUUGCUGUGGCGGGUGCCCGGCGCAAGAGCAAGGUGCUGCGGCACUCCGCCGAGACGUUCCAGCAGCAGGCGAUGCAGUAUCCAUCAGCCUAUGAAGACAUCGCUGAGGUGAACAAGAAGGAGAAGAAGGCCGACAUCAUCUGCACCAUUGGACCCAAGUCAUGGGACCCCGAGGUGUUGGUCAAGCUGAUGAAAGCAGGCAUGAACGUGAUCCGAUGCAACAUGUCUCAUGGCGAUCACGAGGAGCAGAGCAUGAAGCUGGCAAAUUUGGAGAAGGCUUACGAGCUGGCUCCAGAGUUCAAGGGAAAGAUGAAGAUCUUGAUGGACACCCGUGGCCCUGAGAUUCGCACUGGGACCUUCGAGGUCUACAAUUCCAAAAAGGAGUUGAAAGCCGGCCAGGACUUCAAGCUGGUGACGGACUACGAGCAGAAGGGUGAUGAGACCAUGGUGGCCAUCACCUACGCGCAGUUGCCCAAGAGCGUCAAGAAGGGUCAGCGCAUUCUCGUCCAGGAUGGCACGGUGAUUCUCAUCGUCGAGGAAUGCGGUGAUGACUAUGUCAUGUGCAAGGUGGUGAACAACUGCAAGCUGGGUGAGAAGAAGAACGUGAACGUCCCAGGUGUCAAAGUCGAGAUUCCCGUGGUGGGCGAGCGUGAGAUCAAGGACAUCGCGGACUGGGCGGUGCCCAAUGAUGCUGACUACAUCGCCCUGAGCUUCGUGCAGAGCGCACAGGACGUGAAGGACUGCAGGAAGCACUUCAAUGGCAAGGACAUCAAGGUCAUCUCGAAGAUUGAGAACGUCGAAGGGCUGAAGAACUUCGAAGAGAUCCUGGAGGAGUCCGAUGGCAUCAUGGUGGCUCGAGGUGACCUGGGCAUGGAGAUCCCCAUGGAAAAGGUCUGGAUGGCGCAGAAGAUGAUGCUCAAGAAGACCAAGGCCGCUGGCAAGUAUGCGGUCUGUGCCACCGAGAUGUUGGCGUCCAUGGAAGACAAGCCUUUCCCCACGCGCGCCGAGGCCUGCGACGUGGCGAACGCCAUUUUGGACGGUGCCGAUGCGGUGAUGUUGAGCAGCGAGAGCGCCAUGGGCAAGUUCCCCGUGGAGACCGUGAACACCAUGAGGAGAAUCGUUGAGGAGGCUGAGCAUGCUCUUGUUCAGGAGCCAGUUCCUGCCUGAGACUGCAACUAGUCUCACUGAAGCUGGAAGACCAAUGAGUUUGUCUCCAGCCAGAAAUUCUCGUUGCCUCCAAACACAUGACUGCUUUGGUUGAGCGAUAUGCGUUUAGAUGGACUACUUGGAAUGAAGCUUCAAGCGGAUGGUUUUGACAAGUCUGUGGCAACAUUUCGGGGCUCCUUUUCCUUUCGGCCAUGGCAGCACUGCCAACAUGGCCCAACUUUCCGCCGCCAGCGAAUCAGCCUGGCUCCUUUGAAAAAAAGGCGAAGCAUCCGAGAAAUCGCGCCGCAAUGGAAUGAA